AUGAAAGAAGCAUUCAGCACCCCACUCCAAGGCUACGAUGCAUUGCGAAUCCUAACACAAAUCCUAUCCCUUCAAACGCUUCAUUACCUCAUCCUUGCAACCCUCCUGCCGCCAUUUCUUGCUAUCUUUGCCGAGACAUCAUCUCUAAUGUUUGAGGGGGGCCCUACACAAGUAGGAAUGGUGUUCGACUGGAGGCAAGUUGCUUCUAGGCCCACUUAUGAUUGGUUACCGCCAAAAGAUAUUUUGGAUCAGAGGGAAGGCUGGAAGGGGUGGAUUGACCCUGGUCCAGGUGAUGGGGAUGGGGGAGAGGGGGAUGGAGGAGAGGGGGAUGGAGGAGAGGGGGAUGAAGGAGAAGGGGAUGGGGGAGAGGGGAAUGGGGGAGAAGUGGAGAUUGAUCCAGCAGUACUAGUUCGGUGGAAUCUGGAUAAUGUUUGGCUAGAUGCCCCUCUCCCAGGCAGUAGUGGGGUACAGGGGAGAGUUUUGGACCAUGAACAAAUUCUUCGCUAUAAAUCUUCCAACCUCACCACUACCUCUUCUGACCCCAACCCAUCCUCACCUUCCUCCGAAUCCGAAAUUUCAACCCAAUCCCCUACAGUAGAAAGCGCAAUCGAACAUUGGGAAUGGGACCAUACACGAGAUUCACAUAGAUCUUACGUCCUUAUUGUAACCUGGCUCCUAACCGCCCCACUAGACAUCUUACUCCUAGUCUACUUAGUCCGUCGCCCAACGCAUAUGCUAGACCACGCAUUAACGUUGCACUUCCUAAACCUGCUCAUCACCUCGCUCUACGUGGGUAGAGUGCCAAGUAGUCUGGUCUGGUGGUUAACAAUGUUAGUUCAUGCAGCAGUGACGAUUGUUUGGAGCGAACAGCUGGCGAUUAAACGCGAGAUGGGUCGGAGUUUGGGGUAUAGUUUGGUUGGUAGUGGCGAUGGCGAUGUCGAAUCAAGAGGGGUGGUAGGAGGGAGAAAACAGAGUGAUGCUCAUCUUGUCUUUGAUUCUGAACAGGAGGGGUUAACGAGAGGUGGGGAGCGGUAUGAGAUGAAACCUCUGUAA